AAGUUGAAACAAAGAGCAGCAUUCGAUUCUCAGCAAGACAACGAGGAACGUGGCACUUACCUUGAUGAUCUGAAGAGGGAGGUCUCGGAGGUGGAGCAGAGAAACAAGACGGAGUUUGAGGGCCUGGACAAGGGAACAAGACAGCUACUAUGGAGCUGAAGAGUGUGCCGUGUGAGUUUGUGGUGAACUUUGACCCCUGCUACCCGGUGCUGGUGGGCGGGAUGUUGCCGGGGGAGGGGAGAAUGGGGCACAUAAGAGUUCGGAUAAAGAAACAUCGCUUGGCAAAAAGAAUUCUCAAGUCACAUGACCCGUUGAUUCUCUCUCUGGGCUGGAGGCGGUUUCAGACCACACCCAUUUACUGUGUUGAGGACCACAACAUGCGGCAGAGAAUGGUCAAAUACACACCAGAGCAUCUUCACUGUGUGGCCACAUUCUAUGGUCCACUGACAUCACCUGGUGCCGGGUGUCUGGGAGUACAGUCCCUCACCUCUACAGCCUCUUCUGACUUCCGUAUUGCUGCCACCGGGGUGGUUCUGGAACUAGACAAGUCCUCGUCAAUCGUCAAGAAGCUCAAGUUGAACGGCACUCCGUGUAAAAUAUUCAAGAACACUGCCUUCAUCAAGGGCAUGUUCAACAGUGCUCUGGAAUGUGCCAAAUUCGAGGGUGCCGCUGUACGAACAGUUAGUGGGGUCAGAGGUCAGAUCAAGAAAGGGCUGCGGGCGCCAGAGGGUGCAUUCAGAGCGACCUUUGAGGAUAGAAUUCUAAUGAGCGAUCUUGUGUUCCUGAGGGCGUGGUAUCCCGUGAACAUUCAGAAGUAUUACAAUCCAGUCACCUCUCUGCUCAGCAAGGACAAGAGCACUUGGAAUGGAAUGCCGACAGUCGGUCAGAUCCGGUACGAAACUGACACCAAAGCUCCCGUGAAAAAGAAUGCUAAGUACAAGCCGAUUGUGAGAGAAACGAGACGCUUCAACCCCCUGAGGGUACCCAAAUCCCUACAGCGACAGCUACCAUUCAAGCAAAGUGAGAAGCGUAAAGAGAAGACACUGUCCUCGAAACGAGCUGUUGUUCUGGAGCCGAAUGAGAAGAAGGUUCUGACACUCAUGCAGCAGCUGGCUACUCUGCACAGAGACAAGACUAAGAGGAAACAGGCCAAACAGGACGCUCGAUACAAGGACCAUCUGGCUGCCAAGGAAAAGGAGGAACUAAUAAAAGUAAAGAAGACUCGUGAGCUGAAGAGAGAGUUUUAUCGUGAACUGGGUAAAGCUCAGCAGAAAAUGACCAAAAGAAAGACUCGAGACAAAUAACUAUUUAUGUCCAUUAAUUUUUCUGAUCUAGAUCUGCAUAAUUAUUAAUUAUGAGGAAUU